AUGGCUGGAGAGCACGAUAUUUCCCAUGAACUUCGACGAUGGGCCUUGGACGAAAUGCGUUUUAGGCCUCAAGGGCGACACAUCAAUGCCAGUCUUCCAUCGACGGAGGACUUCAAGAUGUAAGUACGAAGUUAAGCUAACAGAAAAAAAAAAUGAUUGGGCGAAAGAAAUGGGUACUCUUUUACUUCAAAAGUGACAGGGAUGGCAUAGAAAUGAGCCAACAAUGUACGCAAGAAAGCCGAAACAAUUAAAGAGACAGAAUUGUUCUAACGUUCAGCCACAGGCCUCCCAAGCUACGACCUACUUCAGUGUCCGUUGACACCAACUGCUAAAUCGCCCUUCCAAAUAUAAGCCGCUCGGGGGACUUGUACUUGGAAAUUGCCCUCAAACACAAAGUAAAACAAAGAAAAACGGUAAAUUUCCUUCCAAGAAUACAGCUUUUUAAACGCAAAUUUCCCUCUGUACAUAAGCCCCUCUGAAUAAAAGCCCCACCAAAAAUAAGCCCCUCAAAAGAUGCCUUUGAAAAAUAUAAGCCCCGGGGCUUAUUUUCGGAAUUUUUUCGGUAUUGAGCAUAAUAUUUACAUGUGUUGCAGUCAACUGUAGCCUUCGCCAGAGAUGAAACUAAACUCCUGGUUAAAUCCGUCUGCAAGCCAGUGCCGAAAUUCUUUGUUCUGGGUCCCCAGCUGCGUACCAGGGUUUUAGCCAAUGUUGUGUACAUCUGGCGACAUGAUUAGCCUGUUAAAAAAGCCAUUGUUGAUUUGUCAAUCUGGUUGAAGGGAAAUGUGAAACACACUUCCUGUAAUUUGUUGAUACUAGAGAGGGCCUAGAUCAAGGAUCACGCCACUGCUUCCCAGAUAUUACCAGCCAGGGUCAGAGGGCUGUCAACCCCCCACGUCUUUAAAUAUUGAGAAUCAAAGGGGGAAGGAUGAUAGAUGACAUUUUAAUGUUCAGCACAUGACAUCAUUAGCACAAAAAAUACUCAUUGACUCCGAUCAUCACGAAUUUGUAAUGACACAAAACGCACAAAAAAGAUGUUGUUGGUGUUGUAACAUUUGACCUGAUUGGUUUACUUCCCACCAAUCACAUUAUUGCUUAUAUUACAAUGGCAUACCAGAGUUUGUGAGGAAACGUUUGAUGUUAACAGUUAAAUAGCUCAAACAACGCAAAAUAUUUGAAAUUUUAUUGUCGGAACGUCGAGUCUACAAGAAAUGGCAAACUUCGGCAAUUAUCCUUGAGAUUUCAUACUCUAAUCUGGAGUCCAGGAGAUAUGGUCUAAAACCUGGAGUCUCCCGGAUUAUCCAGGAGAGUUGACAGCCCUGGGGUCAGUUCCGUGUGAUGCACUGGUUGAGUCAACUCUCCCCUUGUGGAUCCCUCCUUAUUAUAGACACGUGUACCACUGACCACAAACUCUGACUUUCAAAGAGAUGGUAGAUAGCAGAAAGAAUUUACCACCAGAUUUAAAAGUGAAUGUAGAAAAAAUGAAGCUUCAAAAGCCGCUAUUACGCUGUACAAGCUCUAACGAGAAACAUCAUUUGGAGUAAACCACCUUGUUGUGUACUUUGGCAAUAUUCUCGACAGUAUUUCGUAAGAUAGGCUCAGUCAUCUGUCAACUGUUAUUAUUAGGACUUUAAACUUUGUUGCAUAGUUUGUUACAUUGUAUUAAUUUUGCCAAACAGUUGCAAAACGUGCAAAAAUCACCAUUGCAUUAUAUAUCACGAGUACGUGUAGUUAAAUGUACCAUGAAUGGAAAAGAAUACAGUAAAACCCUGUGACUAAGAACCUAGAUUUUCUAAGUUAGCCUAAACAGGUUCUUAUUAUAAGGGUAGUUAGUACAAGUUUAGCCUAUGUAGGUUCAUAAAUAGGUUCUUAUUUUCAGAAGAAAAAAAUUCAAUAUAGCUAAGAGUAUUUAGUGGUUCAGCUUAUUCCUCAUGUGAAAUCUGCAUACCAUUACCUUGUGUUUGGAGUGAUAAGGCACCUAUGUCUCCAAAGAAGAUUCUCAAUGUUGACUCGUGUUAUUUUCCCAAGUGUACAGCAUUUUUUCAUAGAUUUUAGAAAAUAAGAACCUGUUUCAAAUUUUAGGCUAAACAGGUUCAUAUAUAGAAGGGGAUUAACUGGCAAAUUUUAGCCAAAAAAAUUCUUAAAAUCCAGCUUCUUUGUUGCAGGGUUUUGCUGUCAAUUAUAAGUCAUGCAGCCACUCCUCAUUUUCGCUUUGUAAUAUUACUCAUUAAUUUUUGUUAUCAGGUUAUGCCGUGGGCCUAUGGUAGAUGUUUGGAAAUAUGUGUUGGAGCAUGUCAGGUCCACAAGGUAAGUCAACUGUGAACAGUGCUUUAGGACUUUUACGCCCUUCUACUUUUAUGCCAUUUUCUAAAUAUCUGCUAGUUACAGUUGCAUCAGUCUCCUGAACACUCCCAAAUCCUCCCGAACUGCUGAUAUAAUUGAAUGGUAUUGAAUAUUCUAUUUAAAGUGUAGCCUACUGACCGACAACAUACCUUCCAAACUCUCGUAAAAUUGGGCUUCUUUUUUGUAUGGUUUGCAGCGUGAACUCUCUCUUAGUGGUCACCUGUAUAAAAUGGACACCUCAUCAAAGCAGACACCUAGAGUUGGUUCCUGUUCUUUCUUUAUCCUUUAAGUUGAUCCGCUCUAAGAUGGACAUUAAUAAUAAGUGCCUGUCCCAGUGGUGACCAUCUUAGAGAGAGUUGGCUGUAUAUGAUUCAGGAAAGUUUAAAAUUAAGUCAAUGCAGUCGCCAAUAUUAUUAUGCUUCCACUCAAUUUGCUUUGCUAUUUUGCCUGUGUUGUCAAGUGUCUGAAGGUUUACUGUGGCUGGUUAGUCAUGGCGACCUCCUUUCUGCAGAGGAGAAACACAUGCCCUCCACUGUCACUACCUUUACAGCACCUAUGACUGAUGUAAUUGUAAUUAAAUUUUGAUCCUGCUCGCCAUAUAGCCUCCAGCAGCUCAAUAGAGCUUCCAAAACUAGAACUCAGAGUGUCGUGAGUUUAUUUCUCACCUGUAGCUUGGAAUUUUUUUCUGAGCUUUCUGGUAUUUGAUUUCUCCUUCUUCCAAUAAGUAUUGAAAAAAGUGAUUUCACUUAUUUUGAAUUUUUUGUUUUUCCUGUAUUUAUUUACAGCACACAUGUUUAUUUUUUGGGUGUAGGGGUGGGAGAGAGGGCAUCAAUGUUUGACAAGAAGAUCCUGAUUUUGAAGGAAACUCAAUUAUAAACUCAAGCCCUCCUCUUGACUCUUACCUGGUAAUUGAUUUACUGGCAGAAACUUUCUAUUGUCAUUGGCCCAGUAGUUUCUUGAAUGGUUCUACAAAACUGUCUCCAAAAUGCUGCGUUUGACACAAGUUAUUAAAUAAUAAUAUUAAUAACUUCCUGCAUAGGUCACUCUAGACAGGAUGCAGUAACACGGCAACUGCCUGUCAAUGGCUGCGUGAAGUAAUAGGGCAUUAGAAGCACUCUUGAGAUGGUACAAUUUAUUGUACACACUGUAUGGUGUAAAGGGUAGUAACAGCAAAAAAAUCAAAUGCAAUGUAAUGCAAUAAGCCAAGAGCUCAGUAUUCAUGAAUUUACAUAUAACAGAAGUUUUUUGACCAAUGCCAAGUGAAGUCAUUUUUACUGAGUUUUCUGUCAUCUCACUGAUUACUUUUAUUCUUUUCUCUUUGGUGCAGAACUGUCCAGAAGAUUUGUGGAAACUUAAAAUUGUAUCCUUUUUAUGCUGUUGAGUUUAGAUACUGUAAUUUAUCUAACUACACUGUACUGUGUAACAAAUAUGUAUUGAGUAAAGAGUUAUGAUUUUGAUGACUGAACUGCCUAGAUUAGCCAAUUCUACAUAGAGAUCAGUCAGUCAUUAUUUUUCAUGAAUUGAAUGUGUUGUUGUCUGAUGUUGAAGACAUCUGCUCCGGUCAUGAGGGGAAUGACGAUUCCAUAAAAGUGCCACAAAAUUAAUGUCAUAGUUCAUAGGCUCCACUGUAAGUGAGAAUAUUAAAUGAAAGUUUAGUUCUGUUUCAAGAGGCCAACCUGCCCAGUGAGGUUGCUUUUCCUUGAUGAUGUUUUCUUUGCCAAGCUAGGCAGCAGUUAAUCCAUGAGCAAACUACUCAUUCAGCUGACCUAAAACCAGAUGACAAACAAAGAGAACAGCUGAAGGAAAAACACAGCCAGUUAGCAAGAGAGCUUGUGGAUGUCAGAAACAAGGUUCUUCAUGUUGAGAAGGAAAUCAAAGCAGUACAGAAAGAGAUUCUUGAAGCAGGUGAAGUGACAAAAAAACUAACAUUUAUGAUUGUUUUUUUUUUGUAGUACAGUCAGGAUACCAAAAAAAGUACCCUCUGAUUUGGAUGCAUACAACCUUAUGUUUGGUAGAAUAAAUUUGUUAUAUUAAAGCAGUAUUGUACAUUUAGUACAUUUAGUACAUGCAUUGCUGGAAUAACAGUCUCUUGUUCUGCUGGUUAUGGAUUAUUGCGAUGUUGCUUGGAGCAGUAUUGGGAUGGUUGGAAAAAGAAGAGCACUGUAGGAUUGUUUUGAAGAGACAUUGUCUGAUAAAUUUAAAGUGCUUCCCUUUUAUUGUCCAACAAAAUUUUGUUAAAACAGGUUAGUGUUUUUGAAGAUUAUAGUUUUGAACAGCCCAAAAACCUACAUGUACAUGCUCCCCAAACAAAUAACGGCAAGGAAGUCUUUAUUUUAAUGGAUCUAAACUUUUUAAUAAUAUUGCAAGUGAAAUGAAGGAUUCUAAGUCAGUUGUGAUUUUUAAAAACUCGUAUUUGGAAUUAUAUAGAUCAAAAGUUUUUUAGUUACUUGUAUUACUUGUAUUAGUUUAGCUUUUAAAUGCAUUUUAAUUGCUGUAUUUUAGCUUUUUUAAACAAUUUUUUAAUCUUGUUGUAUUUUUAACUUUUAGUGUAUUUUUAGUUACUGUUAUUCAGGUUAGUUUAUAUAUAUAUAUAUAUAUUUUUUUUUUUCCAGGGCCCUCAUUGAUAGCAGCAUUUUAUGCUGAAGAGAUAACCCUGGCUAAAUAACAUAAUUAUAUUAUUAUUAUUAAAUUUGGAAAUAAUUUAUUGUGCAACAAUUUUUCAUGAUACAGUUAAAAUUUGAACCUACAAUUUCAACCUACAUGUUCAUGCAACAUGUUCAUGUUAUCAGGUACCUUAAAAUACCUUGUAAACCUUUUACUAUUAAUGAUGUUCAGCUUAUUUUAAAAGGUGUCUAAGGUCAGCAGGCAACCGUGUUUGUUUUGAAUAACAACUUAACUUCUAUGUGAUGCAGCAAAUGAAAAGAAAUUGCGGAUCAGUGAUCCCUGCCCAACCAUAAGGGCCUUACAUUUUAGAAACACAAGUAUUGAAGCAACUACUUUGUUUGAUUUACAGAGGAGAGCUAUUCAGAAAAUGAAAGAGAGAUUUCAGAUCUUGCCAAGAGAAAUGCAUUGUUGAGUGCCUACUCCAAACGGUGCCAUCUGUCAAAAGAGCUGUACAUGGAUUUGGUCAAACAAAUAAAUGGCAGGAUAACAGUCUGUAAAGAAGUUGCAAGGUGGGUUAAACCACCACAGAUGAACUAUAAAACCUCCAGUAAAGUCUGUCUAAAAGACAGUGCUAAAAUCCUUGUUCUAAGCCCCUACCUGUGUACGUCCAGGAUUUGAGUAUGAACCUUGAUUGGCCUACUAAAAAUCCAUUAUUGUUUUGCCAGUCAGGUUGAAGGGAAAUUCAAAACCCAGUUUCGGUUAUUAAUUUUGUUGAUUCUCUCGGUGGCCAAGAACAAAGAUCUUGGCACUGCUUUGCACAGGAUUAGAUUAAGUCUGCAACUCAGGCUUGUUAAACCAUACGGAUUAAAUUCCUGAAGUGAUUACAUUGUACGAUUAAAUUUCUCUUUGAUUUAACAUUUUCCUUAAGGUUGGGAAACAUGAGCAUUAACAAAAUCUUACGCAGUACCCACAUGGACUGUAGUAGCAACUUUCAUUGUAGGAACUAUGGUACACAUUAAAAAUAACGCCAAUAUCGGAAUGUGGAAAGAAAUAAUUUCUAUAUCGCAACAGAGACAUUAAGGCUAAAAUAAUAAUAAUAUAAAUAAUAUAUAAUUAUAUAUAGUGCUAAAACUAUAUACAUAUUCUAAAGCAUUAAUAAAAGGUGACAAACACUAUAAACACAUAACAGACAGUACACUUAGAAAAAAUGACAAUAAAACACUGCAAUCACUGUACACAAAUUGGUUUACUGGGUAAAUACCAAACGACAUAAAAAAUUCUUUAGAGCCUGCUUGUAACCUUGAACACUUUGGAAACUUCUGAUAGCUAAAGGGAGAGUGUUCCACAGUGAGGGACCAACACGUGCGAAGGCCCUGUCCCCAUGCAUCUUGAACUUUGUUUUGGGGACCUUUAAUUCAUAGCUGCUAUUAGAUCUUAAGUUGGAGGAACCACUCUCUUUGAAACUUAGAAGCUUCUUUAGGUAGACAGGGGCCACACCAAAGAGAACUUGGUGGACGAGUAGCAAUAUUUUAAAUUGAAUCUGGUAGGGCACUAAUAACCAAUGUCUCGCAAAAUGUCCCAGCAAGGAGGAGUAACAAGAUACUGCUUUCAGUAUUUGCAGGUUUGUUGAAAUUUUUUAACACAUUGUAAAAUCUCUGCCAGGAAAAAGGUGUUGGAUCCAACUUAUUACACAUCACAAGGGAUCAUUAGCGGAAGCUCUCAGAUGUUUGGUUCUGUAGAAGGACGCUCUACUCCAACUGGACUGGAAUCAGCCUCUACAGUAAGGAGCAACAUUUCCUCUUACUAAUUAUUAUAUGGCUAUAAUAGUAUGCAUGCUCUGAUUGGCUGUUUUCUUGUAAUGACCGCGCAUCACUACAUUGUAUUUACAUCUGUAGCUAGGUAUGUGUCCAAGGCAUAUACAAUCUGUGUUUAACUUUGAUAGUAGACGUCCUUAUGGACAUCCAUGUUAUGGUCAAUUGACAGCUGUCAAAAAGGGUAUCCACUGACCAGUGUCACCUGACUGUAUUGCGGGCCCAAUAGUACAACUCAUUGGGUGACUUGUUUUUUUAAAGUUAUCCGCUGACCAGUUGUUGGUUUUAAUUAUUGAUAGUAGGCUCAGGUCCAUAAUAAAAAGGCCAUAUAAUAAAUAACUUAUUAACCUCUUUAGUUCGGUCAUUACAGGGAAAUCUCAGUCUGUGGAUGAUAUUAAUUAAUAAUUAUUUAUAAUUAUUAUAAUAUUUUUUUGGUAAAAACCUGGCCCCAUAGGACCCCUUUUUGAAUACCAUAUAUUAGAAAUACACGUAUUUUUCUGCCAUACACAGUGAUCCAGCUUUGUAAAUAAUAUUAUGGCAGUAAAACUACAUGUACAGAUAUGUUUUUACUUAUUGGUUGAUAAUUUUAUUAUUUUGGCAAUAGGCCAAUUUACAGUAGUUUUUUAAGCAACCUCGCCCUUCAGUGGAACAGAGGCCGGUGGUGAUUUCAGUGCCAUUCAACCUUAUUUACACUUGGAAAGGAGUUAGGUUUCUCUCUUCCCAAAGACAGUCAGUACACUGCACACAACCCAGUACACAACUGUAUGAUUAAGUUUUUCUAUCAUUUUUUACACAACAGAGAUCUGUUAGGGAAUUGUGUGAGAAAAUUGGCUCAUUCUUGCAUGAAGUGUGCAAAGCAGAAGAGGAAUCUGGAAGGUUGGUUCAUUAACCAUCAUCAUCAUCAUUAUCAUUAUCAAUAGUAAUAAUAAAUGAAUAAAUAUUAAUAAUUUAUUAAUAUUUAAAAAUAUUUCACAGUGAGUGCAGCAAACAAUGAAAUUUUUUUCGAGAAGAGCCGUCUCCAAAAAUUCUAUUUAUUAUAUAAACGCCAAUGAAAUACCAAACCAUUUGACUUUAAUAGGUUUUUGUUGCAAUUGUUGAGCCAUAGUAAUGGUGAUCUUUUCAAGUGAAGAUGAAUGUUGUUUUAACGUGUGAAGAUGUUGUGUUUUUCAAAAUCAUUGGUGUUAAUUAAUAAAUCGUUUCUUUCAGCUGUCUAAAGGUGAUCGAUUUGAUUUUAUGUCCAUUGCUCAGAAAACGGAUAAUUUAUGUCCCUCAACGGAUCUGAACCUAACCUGCGCAGUUCUACUGAGGUAUGAUAACCAAUCAGCAUUUUUUUCUUUUGGUAAACUAUUUUUGGUGAAAGAAGUUUGAAAGUAACCACAUUAUGCCUCACUCUUCUAUAACCAGUCUGUUCACAGACACUGCUGGCUUAGUAACAGUUCAAAAUAGUAGCUACACAUCUAAAGAAACAUCGGCAAGGAGUGAGAGGGGUGGCGAUAAAAUAACAAAAAUGAUGAUAUUUUCCUCGUUUUUCCCCAAAGAAUUGAUGGUGACAGUCAAAAAAGGAUUAAAGACCAGCUGUGGACUGGAGUAGAGGUUUUUAUUGUUUUGAUCUUUUUUUGGAGGGGUGGAGGGGGGAGGGGCAUUAUGUUAGUCAUAUCCAUCCAUUGCCUGCAGUUGCUCUAGAAGGCUAAGUCAUGUAAAAGGAGCUUUAGAUUUUUUAAUUGCGGAACGUUUUGGCGUCGAUUACAACUCUAUUCAUGGAGAUCUCCAAUUGGACAGUUUUGGGGUCCCACACCGAUUGGAGGUCAAUCGCAAUCAAGCAUGUGCUACUGAUGACGUUGAGUCCCACCACAAUUUCUGUGCAAUCAGAAGUUUAUUCUCUUUUACAAGGGUUCUGCAUAAAGAAAUCUCCAUUUAUAAGAAAGCAAACACCAACACUUUCAGAAUGAUCUCCUUUAGAGGCUUAAUUUUAAUUUUUCCUACAAGCAUUCCCGUCCCUAUUAUAUCGAAGGCAGAUCUCCCUCCCCUUUCCCUGGCGGAUAUCACAAGGAACAACCUCUUACUUUUCUUUCUCAUUUAAUUUUUUAAAUUAUGCUAUACCCGAUAAAGGAGGAAAGUUUCUUCUCCCUUAAGCAAGUUCGGGUUACAGUGUAUCUCUACCUUCAGGCGUAUACAAAAUUCUCUUAUGUACAUUAUGUGCCAAAAUAAAGCAUUAGUCUCUUUAAGGAAAACCUUGAUAUGAGGGGCACUCAAAUAUUAUCAGCACUAUCCUUCAAAUUACCGCACUUCCCGUUACCGUACAGUCAGUUACUGUGUGGCAGCAGAAUUAAGCGGAGAUAUGAAUUUACCCUAUUACCUGUUUUGCCUCGGUUUUACUCCUUAUAGAAUAUCCUGUCCCAGCACACUGCACAGGACAUCAUUACAUCGUUAUCUCGAAUCACACAGGACUCUGCCGUGAGUCUGCAGGAAGUGUCGGCAAGAAUUGAUCUGAAAAAGGAUGCAGAGGAACUUAAGUAUGUCUUGAUUCAGUUCAACUUGACUCCCCAUACAUGUAGUUACAGCUAAGGUUCAUUUCCGUGUUUGUACCUGGGGCUGCCACAGUCAAGGAAAAUCAGGGAAAAAGGCGGUUUCUUUUGGAAAAAAAUAGAAGUUUAUUGAAGUGUUAAUAUACAAGUACAGGCAAACUCUAGUAGCGUUGUAUGCACAUAUCCGCCUGUUAAUUUGUUCUUUGUGUUUUUUGUUUGUUUGCUUGUUGUUGUUGCUUUACCAGCCGUUUCUUUAUAAAUCGAAGCCCUUUGUUACGUAAAGUAGCCUAGAUUUUUUAAAGAGUUAUAUAUACAUUUUUUUUCUUUUACCAGGUUCAAAUAUGAAAACUCUGGCAAACUGACAGACACGUCAUCACCGCCAUCCUUAUUUCAAAGUGUUCAUCAGCUUAUAGAGGUCAGUUAUCUGCGACUGUAGUUAGAUAACUUCUACCAAUUUGCUGCUUUUUAAGCAGACAUCUUCGAACGGACUUGCUAAUUUUGAACGUAAGACUGCUUCGAAGAUUUCGGCUCCACACUAAGACGGGUAAUUUAGCACAAUUUUCUGAAGACUUCUUCGUUAUUUUGUCGAACACUCAGUAAGCAUGCGCUGAGGAUUAUCGUUCUCGAGAUUCGAAAGUCGCACGAAUCUCAAUGUCAUUUUUCUCAACUUUAUUAUUAUUAUUUUUAGGAGGGUCAGGCUGCACACUUUCAAAGAUUUUUAGAAUCUGAAAAGGGGCUGAACGAGGCUUGGAGAGGCCGAAAAAGACUUCAAACACUACAACAAGAACUGGAGGCAAAACUAGCCUCUUGCUAUAAGGAUUCGCCGGGAAAUAUCGACUUGGCGAGGUUUGUAAGCAUCGAUCUUUGCAUCCUACGGGACGCAUGCGCCUUGAACUAUUUUGCGUCUUUGGCAACUUUUUGGCGUCAGGGACGAAGGACGCAGAGGUAACACAAUCACUGCUCUUCUACUCGUCCCCGGGGCCUGGACGAGUAGAAGACUUUGCAUUCCUUUUACGAAGAUUGUGAACAGAAAGACAGUUGUAAAUCGGAAAGAUGGCCGAUUCGUGUGAAAAGUAUGCGGCUUCAAAAAUGUUCGGAUUCGCGUGGACGCAGCCUUAAAGGGAAUGUUUCUCAGCGGUCAGCGAGCAAGAUGGACGCGUUUUUGAUGUAGCGUUGAAAUCUCUUAAUUUUUGCCUCUUUUGGUCGUGUUUUUUUUUUUUUUCAUUUUUUUCGUUGUUUUCGUUAUAUUAUGGCUGUGUACGUUACAUGUGAGGAGUUAGACAAGAUCUUGGUUCUUUGGUGUACUUUAUAUGCGGCUAAUUGUGUGCGCAGCCGUUUUUUUUUUUUUGCUUCUUUGUUUAUUCUUUUGUGGAUUUGUUUUUUUUAUUACAGUUUAAAUAUUUUUCUUUGUUUGUUUAUGUGUGCAUUUGCUUAUUCAUUACAACUUAAAUAUCUAGUUACUAUUUAAAUGUUUUGUUUUGUUUUGGUGUUUGCGCUUGGCCCAGCCGCUCAGCGCGAUUUGCUUUUGCUUUUUCUGCGUGGCUGUGCUCUCUUGUUUUCGCAAUUAUUUCCUUUAAUUUACUUUACUCCCUUUUCUGUACCAAGAGUACAAUAAAGGUUGUUGUUGUUGGUGUUUCUUUAUUGUGGAAUUUAGGUUGUGCUGAAGGUAUAAGUGAUUUUUAUCCUCAGAGUUUUACAUCACAAUGAACUGGAACUAACGGCAUCCAAAGCUUCGCUGGACUACAUGAAGGGUGCAGUGGAUGAGUUAACCAACUCAAGAAACGAAAGACUCAGAGCAAGAGAAAUUUUACUCAUGAAACAUAAAAAGAUUGAAGACUUUGAAAAGCUGGCUGUAAGUAGCCUGUUCAUAGACGUUGGUUUAUUUUUCUUUUCGUUCUUUUCGAAAACGUCGGCGAGCGCGAGAAAGAAAAAUAAAGAACGUCUGUGAACAUCUUUGGGAAAAAAGAGGUUUAUUGAGUCCCUCCCCCAUGUCAAACCGUAUAUUUUCUUCUUUCCCCACCCCUACCCUCUGGCGCUGGCGGUCACUAAAUCCCCCGCGGUUUUUAUUUUUUAUCACGCGCGCUCAACGGAUUUUGAAGAGAAAAUAGAGGGUCUGUGAACAGGCUGGGCCGUAAAUGAAUGUCACUAUUACAAGUAUGGCCUGUUUCAAACGUCGUGCUACUGCCGUGCUCGACUGUAGCUCUACUGCAGCAUGACACUAGCACGACUUGGUUUCAGACGUCGAAUUUCAGAAUUCAGUCGAAUAGAACGGCUGCUGCCGAAAACUAAACACAAAAAUAAAGAAACGGUUAAGCAAACUUUUAAAUAUAUUCUACCGUACUUAUAAUUUAUGAAUUGAGUUCGGCACGGCAGUAGCACGACGUUUGAAACCAAGUCGAGCUAAUGCCGUGUAGCACGACAAGGCUUGCCGUGCUACAAGGCAGAAGCACGACUUGGUUUCAAACGUCGCGCUACUGCCUUGCUAAAGUCGAAUUUAAUUCGAUCAAUUUAGUUUGGCACGGCAAUAGCACGACGUUUGAAAGGGGCCUAUGAAGCUCAUGCUCACUUAAAAAAGUUAAGUUACAACUAGUGAACACAGAACGUUCAAUUCGAAAAUGAAAUAGAUGUUAUGUUCAAUUUGUGUCCAACAGCAAGCCAAACAGGCGCUGAUUCAAGCUCUUGUGAAACAAAACUCGAGUGCCAGGGCAAGGGUGGAAAAACAUAAACAAGAGGUAUGGUAAUUUACCGCUACAAAUAAGUAGUGGUGUUUAUCAUGUUUUAAUACUGGACUAAAAAAAACUGUGACGUCGUAAAUAGAUGUCUCUCUUUGCGCUGCUAUUCAGAGCCAAGUUAUUUGAAGGCCGAUUAGCGCUAACCCGGUUUUAACUUUUGUUGUCGUUCAGAUGCAUUUUAUCGGAUUAUUUUCUCUUAUCAUAUUUAGAACAUUCAAUCAUCAACUUCUAGAAUGAAAGAAUUAAACUGAAUGUUCUUUUUAAGCUUUGCUAUCUGAAUUUAAUUUUCGCACCAGCCCCGGGUUAUCUUCCUAGCCUUAAACAAAACAACCCUGCCCAGCUAUUUUAUAUAUCUAUUUAAUAAAAACUGAAUCGUUGGAUAAUGCAAUUCUAGAGCUCUGAUUGGCUUAGCCAUAAUGGUAUAUGAGCCGUUAUACCAUGCUCUCCAAAUAAUAUGGUAACUGUACGCCUCUGCUCAAAAUAAAAAACUAGCUGAAAAUCGGUUGUGUUUACGAAUAAAGUCGGGAAGAAUUCUCGAUGUUUUGUGGGCGUUUUAAUAAAACAAUUAUUCCACUCGCGCUUGUUGGAUAUGAGAUAAUUAUAGCCAACUCAUAUCCAACGCGCACUCGUGGAAUAAUUGUAAAAUAUAUAUAUUUUGUUUCCCGACUUCGUCGUUGGGAAAUACUUUGAUAGAGGAAAACCUGCAGAGUAUACGUUGUCUCUACCUGCAUCAGGGUACACUAUAUGUUCACACCCAACAGUGGAAGACUGCCUGCUACGAGAAAGCAAAAUACAAACAAGAUGGCUUGAUUUUUAUCCUGUUUCUUCUCAGCUGCUACAGUAUAUACAAGACAGGAUCUGUUCACACGAGGCGCAUGUGGUCGCCAUGGCAAAACGACUGCAAAACAGCGUGACCCAGGAGGUGGAUCGAUUUGCUGCUUUGCCGCUAGAUCAGUUACACUACUCAGGGCUUGAUAGGUCAGUAAUGCAGUUCUGAGUUGAGGAAAGCCUUGGAACACACUAGCUAGGUCUACUAUUUUGGUUUUGCACAAAUGUGUCCUUUACGGGUUGGGGGGGGGGGGGGGGACUCUCUGUAACUGAAGCUAACUACGUAUUCUCUUGUUACUCACUUCACGUUUUCCUUUUCUUUUCGCCCCCCUCCCCCCGGUUCCUGUCCACUAUUUUUAAUUUCUUCUGCUACUUGAUAAAACCUUUGCUAUCUGCGGGUUUGUACCCUUACUUAAGAGUGCGUUUGAUUGACCUCAUUCUGGAUAGGAGUACAAUUUCUGUUUUAGCAACUUUCAGUGGUUGUUGACAUUUUCUGACGUGAUAUUUGUCUUAUACGUUUUUAUUUCUUUUAAUGAGUUCUAAGUGCGUGAAAACUGAAGCUGCAGAAUUGUUGGCGCCAGUUAACAACAUAAUUUUGCUCGGGCGCGGAGCGUUUUUAACAUAAAGGAACCUUUGGAUAAAGUAUUUUGUACAUCGAAUCUUGUCCAUGUUUCAGAAUCAGAGGCUAUGACGAUCGUUGUCUCGAACUCACCCCAGUCCGCGUUUUAUCUAGGCGCCUCUUCUCUACCCUAUACGCUACGUUUUAUGUUGUACGUGAAGACCCUGUGCCUUGUGACCUUGUACGUUAGGUGACGGUUUUUCUCAUCUCUUUUAGCCCAAGGCGUGUUCCUGUUUCCGAACUGUCCAUCAAUCGUUUAGAGCGUCCGUCAGAAAGUCCUGGAGGAGGAACUGUUAGGUCCGUGUUGAACAACUUGGGCUUUCCAGCUUAUAAGGUAACGAGUCAGUCAGCUCACUUCAGGUACAGUAGGGCAGUUCUUUGCAAAGCCAUCUUUCAGUGUAUUCUCAGUGAGAUCAGGCCUCCACAUAGGAGAUGCCUCACGGUAGGCCCCGCUAAAAGUCCAUUAUUAGGGAGCUUAAGCAAAGGCGCGUUUGAGAGACGCACGUCUUUACACUUGUAGAGACGAUUUAACCGAAAAUUUUGGCAAAACCCCCUGCUCAGGAGUGUAAAAAGUCUACUUCCGGUUGACGUGCGUCGCUCAAAAAAAAAAAGCCUCUUUGCACGAAACGGUCGCGUGGUACAAAAAGCACCUUGCUGGAUGGCACACGAGGCAGAGGGGCAAGAAAAACAAAGAGACUACAUCAUUCAAAAACUGUAAUAUCCUUUCCUUUCAAGGUCCAAAGAGUCGUUUGCCAUCCAGCAAGGUGUAUUUUACUUUGUGACCGUUUCGUACAAAGGCCUUGCGUUGUCCCUACACGGUUUUUUCCCAGACCUUCUCGGUCAAUGUAUUUCGGUGACGUAUUCGAGGAGAAAGCGCGGGAAACGCCUCACUUCUUCACUCGGACCGCGUGAUCCGAAACGCGUUGACCCCGCAGAAUAACGAGACCUAAGAACUAGGCAACAAGGGAAACGUUCUUAACUUGUUAAGUUAAGCGACAAUGGGCAACUGGGCAAUUUUUCCAAAAAAAUCACACUAAAGGGAGUAUGCGCUUAAAGUUGACUUCCUGUAAACCUUCCCUCACACGUUUCCAUAGAGACUUUAAGGUGAAAGCGGAAAACAAAAGAGCAAAAGAUGUGUUUCUUUAGCAACGUUUGGUAGCGGAACUUAAUUUAGUGUUAGCAACUAACGAAAAAUGAAGUUUCAUCCUUAACAUGUGCUGGAUUGAUUCGUGUAUUUUACAAGUAUCGAAUGGUGUUGUAAAACCCGGCUAUGUCUCCUUCUUGUUAACUUAUCAUUUAUUUCUUAUUUAGGCCCCUGAAGAACUGUUACCAACAACAAUGAAGUUAAAGGGAAAAGGUAAGCUUCUAUUUCUCGAUUGUGAGCGCAGCUUAUUGCUCCUCCUUUAGUUACCCAAAAUCCGGAAUUGACAAUUGAAAUGGUUGUGUUUAAUUACAGCAAAGCUUUUUGAUAGCGUAUGUUUAAUGUUUUAAACAACAUUUUUUUGAAAUAUUUUCACCCUUGAAGAUUAAAACUAGUUAGGUUCGGUUAGAGAAUUUCUGCAGCAGUUAACUUGUCUUCGUUUGUUCUUAAAUUGUUACGCGACAACAGCAGAAAAUUUUUUAAUUGAUAAGGGCAUAGUUAAUAGAGGAGACUGGAUAUGAAUACCCUGGGUUCCAGAGGAUAUUUUUUUCUUAUCGAUACUGAUCGUUCGCGGCGAAGCCGCGUCAACGAGGCGCGAAGCGCCGAGAGAAAAAAGGAGCCUUAUCAAAUCUUAAGCACAGUUUAUUUCAUAUUAGGUAUUUUUAAAACGGACCUCUGGAGCCACGGUAGGUUAUGAACGGCGCAAAAAUCAAAGUUGAAAACAACGGUGCUGUAGUUUAUGUUGGAAGCUCCCUGACCCUGCACAAUCCUUUGUUUUUUGUUCACAAAUUGUGACUGAAUAAAUUAAUGUGCUUUCAAAAUGACAGGAAUGCUAAUGAACUUUGUGCCUGGUCAGGUCCAGAAAAAAAGCCAACAAAAUCAUAUAACGAAGGGGUCUAACGCAGCCUCCUCCUCAGGCGCUUCGUUUUUCGCAUGGCAGAGACGAGCGCGAAACGAGUGACUGGCGAUGAGCCACAAGGGACCAUGGGAAGGGUACAAACGGCAGGCGAAGCGCGUCUCGCCUGUUGUCUCCUUCCCGCCUUCCUUUGCGCGAACAUUUUCAUCAAAAGAGAGACGUCUGGGUACGAGGCAGGGUCUAACGGGUGUCAUAACCAUUCCACUUAAAUAACUAUGAUAUGGCGGAGACAACAGCCAAACCUUUGAUUGUAACGCAAAUAAUAACAAUUUACAUGACAUUUCUUUACUUUAAAGUUGAAGACACUCGAUCUCUUGCUCAGUCACGUGACGGUGUGGUAUCAGAGGUUAAUGGGGACCAGUCAUGUGCAAAGAUGAUUACAAAAUUAAACGGUAAGUGAACCUGUUUGAAACUUAAACGGUUUUUGCUCGUCACGCAAGUUUUUUGGUUUGUUUGAACCGAAAUGAAAUGCUAGCGUUUAACUCCGUUUGAGCGUUAGCCAGUUUAUAGAACGAAAUUUCUCUUCACCCUCCCCUCCCCUCCCCUUGCUCCCUCAUGGGCACGGCGCGGCACCAUAGUUUCUCUUGUCAAAUUAGAGGCUAUUCACGUCACACAAAAGCAAAGGUGUUAUUGUGCGACGGACGGCAACCAGAAGUGGACUUUUUGCAUUCUUGAGCAGUGGUUUUGGCGGGUAAAUUGCCUCUAUGAGAGUAAGCACCCUCUGCAAUACAAGUAAAGUAGCUACAAGUUAUAUUAAAGGGGAAAAGAACUCAGUUUCGGUUUUCUUCCUUUGGUCAUAAACGCCUGCAAGUUCCCUUAUCACUUAUUUCCAAUAUGGCGGCAAAACGAGAAGUCCCUGGGGACAAGGUUGGUAACAGCUCUAGUACUGUUGUGUAGGAAUACACAGAACUUUUAACUUUUCCCCCCUUUACAUUUUUGCAUUUUGCCUUGUAUGUUGGCACUCGCUACAUUUAGGCCCCGUUCACACGUAUCCGGAUAUUUUUUAACGGAUAUCUUUUUCGCCGUUUUAGCAUUCCGUCCACAGGUAAACGACGUUUGCGGGCACCAAAUCAAAAACGUAGGUCGUUUUCAUGUGGACGGACGAAAACGGGGGUUUUUAUGAAAACGAAAAUGUGAUGCAUCAUACAGUGCACGUUUUGCAAGCGAGACGCUAUCGUUUUAGCGUUUUCGUGUGAAUGGGCAAGAAUCGUUUAAAUACGCAACGUGUGGAUGCGUACUGUUUUUGUAAAGGGAGAAAUAAUCUCCGUUUUUCACAUAUAACUAGACACGUUUAGACGGGGCCUUAUUUCCCUGUUAAUAACGCCUGGAAACCUACUGGUUUGUCCAGCACGCUGGUUUGUUCUUUGCAUAACUCUGAAUUUGUCCACCUGACAGGUUUGAGACGCGAGGUUUCUGAGCAAGAUAGCACACAACUUGAUUACGUUAUGCCGAUGGUACAGAACGGGCUCAACAAAACCACCAAAGCUUUGUCAGAAUGCAUUUCCGUCAAGGACGUUGUCAGUUCGUGGUAUGAUUUUCUCAUUGUUUUAGUACACCGUAAAUGGGUCGUUACUUCGGGAAUUGCAGCAUUUAGAAAUCGCUCUAUCUUCGUGAGAUUGAUACUUCAUGGAGUUCGGUAUGUUUUCGGGGGUCAAAAUCUGUUAACGUUUUAGACAACUUUUAAACAAAAAUUGACGCCAUGGCAAAUGUAGUUAGAACAAAAUUUGUGCCGGCAAAUUUUCCUAAUUUUCUGACAUCUAACAUGUCCGUCCAUAUUUUUUGGAUCCAACUAUUUACAAUUUUCCGUCUAUCUCCCGGUGAUAAGCAAAUUAUUGGAGCGUUUUUUUGACUUUGUUUCUUCCUUUCUCUCUCCCCCCCCCCCUUGUUCAUUUACUUUUUUUUCACUGAUCCUUCUUUAUCUUCUGAGUAAAAACAAAGAAAAAGGGACAAGAAUCAACUCGGUUUUCGUGGUGGUAAACCUGUGGCAAUGCAUCCAUCUUUGCAAUCAAACCCUGAUUUGGCUAAAGGAGAAGGUUGUGUCGAAUUGUGUGGAAACCAAGUCCGUCAUUGAACAAAUUGAAUUUGCCUUUGAAAAAUUCUUGGAAAAGAAGACACAUCUGUAUGAACCCACGCCGCAACCGCCUGGUUAGCUCAGUUGGGAGAGCGCCGGUCUGCUGAGCGGGAGGUGCCGUGUUCAGAUCCCUGCCGGACCAACACUCAGGGUCUUUAAAUAACUGAGGAGAAAGUGUUGCCUUUGCAAUCAAUGACAUCCACAAAUGGUUAGACUUUCUAGAAUUCUCGGACAAGGACGAAAAACCGUAGGUCCGGUCUCACGGCUCUUUCACUUAUCUGGUUCUUGUGGGACGUAAAAGGACCUACCCUACUGUUUUAGAAGAGUAGGGGACGUCGUACAUCGGUGGUGUGGCCAGCCUCUUCUAAGCCGGGCGGGUUAUGUGUAAGGAGACACUUAAAAUUGGAUCCCCGCUCUGAUUUGUGUUCCGCACCAUAUGGUGGGAGUGAUUAAAUAAAUAAAUAAGUAAAUAAAUAAACCACAUAAUAUGAUUGCCUUUUUUGCCUAGGUGGGAGCAGCCAGCACAGUUUGUUGUCCCGUGGGCGAUGGUUGAUGAUAUGAAUAUGAGGCAGUGGACGGACCAGUGGACACUCUCAUCCACUCGUUUACGGCAACUUCAGAUGACGAGCCACUGA